AUGCCGGGUGGAGUGAAGACGCUCUCCGCAGGUGGAGGUGCGUCACUCUGCUGCCUGCUGCUCCUCUGGCUCAUCUACUCCCACCUGCUCAGAGAGGGCCAGUUGGCGGUGGGGACCUGUGAGAUAGUGAUGCUCAACAGAGACAGCAGCGUUCCCAGACGGACCAUCGCCAGGCAGACGGCCCGCUGCGCCUGCCGGAGAGGCCAGAUCGCCGGGACCACGAGGGCAAGGCCGGCUUGUGUAGACGCGCGGAUCGUGCGGAGCCGCCAGUGGUGCGAGAUGGCUCCCUGCAUGGAGGGGGAGGUCUGCAGCCUCCUGUUCAACCGAUCCGGCUGGACCUGCACCCGGGGCAGCGGUCGCAUCAAGACCAUCACGUUCCUCCACGUACCCCCUAGGGGUCACGGACCCCCUGCUGAAGACCUCUGA